UCCUACUAUUAUUAAUCUUCUACCUCCUCCUAUUCUUCCUUGUUUGGAACGUACAACACAAGAACUUUAAAAAGAUUACAAAAUUCCUUAUUUAAUAUUUUUUUAAAAAACCCCAUUUUAUUUAAAGCUCUUUUGAUGAUAAAGCAAUAAUCUUGGAAGAAAAAUUUUGUGAGUUUCACUUAUUGAUUUGCUUUUGGUUCAAUGGAGAAAGAGGAUUCGGAAGUGAAGAAGAUUGACGGGGCUUUGACUGGAUUCUCUCCGGUUUCCACAACUAGGAUUUUCUGGAAGUCAAGAAAGAGAUCAGCUAGCGGAAGGAAUUUAGACAUUACAGAGGACACUGCUAAUGAAACCACCACCAAACAGAAAGAAAAUUCUGAAACACAAAAGGAACUGGAGCCAAUUUCAUACCGCAUGCUUUCUGAGCGUCGGAAGGCUCUCUUUGAACCCUUGGACCCGUCAAAUGGCCGCGGGUCAUCAGCUGAAACCUUACUACCCCCACCAGACUUUGAUGCUGCAUGCUAUCCCAAGGGCUGGCUGAUCGGAAAGAAGCGGAAGCUAGUAAAUGUGGAUGUUGUCGAGAGCAUGCGACGGGUUGCAGUCCUGGAAAUGAAUAGAAAGGACCGUGAAAUUGAUGGCUUAAAUGAACAACUGGAAGAGGAUGCUCGUUGUCUAGAACAUUUACAGGUCCAGCUUCUGGAAGAGCGGAGCAAACGUGCUAAAGUCGAGAGAGAAAAUGCACUGCUUCAAGAUCAGAUAAACGUGCUGAUGAACAUGUUGCAGGAAAACGAGACAAUUGAGGACGAGGGCACGGAGGGACCCUAAUCGUAAUAGUUUGUUUGUAUGGCUGGCUGUUUGUUUAUUCUUUUGCAGAAUUGUUUGGUAAGUGUAGAGAGCAAAUCAUACAUGCAUGCAUUUUCUUAGUUAUAAAAAAAAAAAACAAAACCCGAGGCCUAGAUAAAUUAGGUUGUCAUUGUAGCCCGUUUUGUUGCUGCGAAUGCCUUGCUUAUGCUUGUUAUUGUCUGUGAUCGAGUGUCUGGAAGGUAUUAUCUAAAUAAAGUACUUGUGAUAUAAGAAGAAUUUUCUAUUUACUUA